AUGGCGUUUCUUAUUGGUAAAAUGAAGGAAAUCAAAGAAGUCUCACUGAACAUUGAAGAUUCUGAUCUCACAAUUUUCAACGCGCUACUCGAUCAACUCAUACAAGCCGAAAUGUUAAGUUGGAAGUUUUACACAUUAAACGGCGCAAGGGCGGGCAGACAAUUCCGAAGGCAGUAUUUCCUGGGAUCGCGAUUAGUUAGACGGGUAGUUACUGCGGUUGUUCAGAUAUCGAUGAUAGCAGCGAAUGCAUCUACACUUCGAGUGGUCGGUCGGAUUGGACUGUCUGAAGCUGGUGCUCUGAAUUCGUCGAUGCACCUGGAGCGUCUCUCGUUGAUGAUGUUCGAUUUGGGAUUCGAUGCUUCUCAGACGGCAAUUUGUAGUCAUUUUCUGGAGAUAGCCAGAAGUGGAGCCACUUUCCGACACCUCUCUUACACAAGCUUCGUCGGCUUUGAUCCUACCGAUGAUGUUGUACAGACGUUCCUGGAUCGCUGCCAAGUGAGAAGCCUUCGUUUGACGAUGAUGCGUGGACCAUACAUUCCACCACAGCCGGAUUACAUGGUUGGCAAGGUUCGUCAAAUCGAUCAUAUCGAACUGGGCGAAGUGGUCGACAAACCGAACAUCUUCAAUUCGCUCGUCACCUACGAGAAUGUGUUCAAGAAGGUGUUCCCCAACGUGCAGGACAUUCCACUAUUUCCAGCACUGGUGAACGGCAGCCCCAGAGGGACUAUCCAUCAUCUGUACAUAUACUGUCAGUAUGUGGUUCUUGUGCUAAACUAUUCCCUAAUUUGA